CACAAGUUGUUAUCCUGCUACCAUCGCAUAGCAAGUAUGGCCUCUCUAUAUUUUUCUCCCACAACCAAAAGCACCAAUACCAACAUCUCCGCCGCGGAGAUAUCCACCCAUCUAAUCCCCAAAACAUCCCAACUUUCCAUUUCGAGACGCCUAGCUCGCCGCCCUACGCGAAAAAUUUCAUGCAACGUAGCCAAAAAUGAUGACCAAAAUCCCAAAACAAACCAUGAAAGAAGCAACAAUAUGUUGGAUAGAAGAAAUAUGCUCAUUGGGCUAGGAGGUCUAUAUGGAGCCGCCACCACACUUGGUGGCGGACCUGCCUCGUUAGCAGCCCCUGUGCAAACCCCUAACCCUACAGCAUGUGGUGCCGCCGAUUUACCAUCUAACGCCCAAGGCCUAAAUUGCUGCCCACCUAGAGCCACAAACAUUGUGGACUUCGUUCUACCACCCACUCCUAAUACAUUAAGGGUUCGCCCACCAGCCCAUUUGGUAGACGACCAAUAUAGACAAAAAUUCAAUAGAGCUAUUUCCCUUAUGAAAGCCCUCCCUUCUACUGAUCCACGUAGCUUCACCCAACAAGCCAAUGUGCAUUGCGCUUAUUGUAAUGGGUCUUACUCUCCUGUAGGGUUUCCAAAUUUGGACCUCCAAGUCCAUAAUUCUUGGUUGUUCUAUCCAUUCCAUAGGUGGUAUCUCUAUUUCUUCGAGAGGAUACUAGGCACAUUAAUCAAUGACCCAACUUUUGCCAUACCCUUUUGGAAUUGGGAUACCCCGGCAGGCAUGGUAAUGCCUGCUUUAUAUACCGACCCUAAUUCCCCCCUCUAUGAUUCGGUGCGAGACCGAGCUCACCAACCUCCUAAAGUGUUAGAUCUCAACUACGAUCUCACCGAUGCCAAUGAUUUGUCGAAUCAACAAAUGAUUUCGGCUAACCUCACACUCAUGUAUCGCCAAAUGGUGACUAAUUCCAGCACUGCUAGGCUUUUCCUAGGGCAACCUUAUCGGGCCGGGACUCGUCCCAACCCGGGAGGAGGAUCGGUUGAGAACGUACCUCAUGGGACCGUCCAUGUUUGGACGGGUGACCGUAAUCAACCCAAUUUUGAGGACAUGGGUAACUUCUACUCAGCUGCCCGUGACCCACUUUUUUACGCCCAUCAUGCCAAUAUAGACCGUAUGUGGUCUAUUUGGAAAACCUUAGGGGGUAAUAGACAAGAUUUUACUGAAACUGAUUGGUUAGAUGCCUCGUUUAUAUUUUAUGAUGAAAAUGCUCAAGCUGUAAGAGUCAGGGUUAGAGAUUGCUUAAACACUGCGAGACUUGGGUAUAACUACCAAAACGUUGACUUACCUUGGCGUAAUGCUCAACCUCUAAGAACAUCUAGGGUUAGCAGCAUAUCUUCAACCCCUCAAGCAGCUAAUGCCAUGGAAUCUAAGACAACGACGACGGUCAAGUUUCCUAGGCCAUUGAACAAGUCUAUACGAACAAAUGUGGCGAGGCCAAAGAAAUCAAGAAGCAAAAGUGAGAAAGAUCGCGAGGAAGAGGAGCUUGUAAUCGAGGUUGAUGUCCUAAGGCACGAUAAGUAUGCGAAAUUCGAUGUUUAUAUCAACGAUGAAGAUGAUGUUCCUUCUAAGAAGAUGCAAGUGAAGGCUGAAUAUGCUGGGAGUUUUGUGAAUGUCCCUCAUAGGCAUAAGCAGGGUGAAGAUAAACAUAAGUUGACCACCACCUUUAGGGUUGGUUUGACUGAAUUAAUUCAGGAGUUGGGAGCUGAUGAUGAUGAUGGUAUUACAGUAAAUUUGGUGCCAAGAGCUGGAAAGGAUAAUGUUGUUAUCAAGAAUGUCAAGAUUGAGUAUGAUUCUUAAUUGAUUACCUCGUGUAUGAUGUUAUUCCGUUACAUGAUGAUUGUAUAAUUCUGGAGUGAUAAUUUCUAUGCUUUGACUUUGGAAUAA